GACAGCAUUGUUGAGGAAAAGCAGAGAGAGACAGGGAAAGGGCCACAGCCUUUUCUUCCUCCCAGUUCACUCUGAUCAUUGUGCUACUUAGAGAGACCGUGCGUGUGUGUGUAUCUGUGUAUCUGUAGACUGAAGGGUUAGUGCAGGAUGUCAUUUGGUGCCUGACAGUGGAGCAGUGCAGUUGACUCUUUGCUCUGCUAUCCAAUGACAUCCAGUGGCUGAGAGUUUGAAGCUGAUGGUUGGGUCUCCUUAGUGCUGCAUGCACACCUGACAGGCAGCUGUUAAACUGAGCAAAGGCGAGCUUGGGGAGUCACAAUCUAUGCAUAAAUGAUAGGGGUAUCUGUGCCGAAGUCAGAAGAGGCAGAAGUGGAUGUGAGAGACAGAGACACACAGAGACACAGAGAGCGAAAGAGGGCAAGAGACUUGACUUUAAGAGACUCCUGCACUGACAACUCCAUGCAGUUCGGCACAAGAACGGCAGCGACCGACUCUGGUUUCAUGGGGACAUGGCAGAACACUGACACCAACCUCCUGUUCAGAAUGUCCCAACAGGCCAUCCGCUGUACACUGGUAAAUUGCACGUGUGAAUGUUUUCAGCCAGGAAAGAUUAACCUGAGAACCUGUGAUCAGUGUAAACAUGGCUGGGUGGCACAUGCCUUGGACAAGCUUAGUACUCAGCACCUCUACCACCCAACCCAAGUGGAGAUCGUGCAGUCCAACGUCGUGUUUGACAUCAGCAGCCUGAUGCUCUACGGGACCCAGGCCGUGCCCGUGAGACUGAAGAUACUACUUGACCGACUUUUCAGCGUGCUGAAGCAGGAAGAGGUGUUGCAUAUCCUACACGGCUUAGGCUGGACUCUGCGGGACUACGUUCGGGGCUACAUCCUUCAGGAUGCUGCAGGCAAGGUGCUGGACCGCUGGGCCAUCAUGUCCAGGGAAGAAGAGAUCAUUACCCUUCAGCAGUUUCUGAGAUUUGGAGAAACCAAAUCCAUUGUGGAGCUGAUGGCAAUUCAAGAGAAAGAAGGGCAGGCUGUGGCUGUGCCAUCUUCAAAGACAGAUUCAGAUAUAAGGACUUUUAUUGAAAGCAAUAAUCGCACCAGGAGCCCAAGUCUCCUUGCUCACCUGGAGAAUAGCAACCCUUCCAGCAUUCAUCACUUUGAAAACAUCCCGAAUAGCCUUGCAUUCCUACUUCCAUUCCAGUACAUAAAUCCAGUCUCUGCUCCACUGCUGGGGCUGCCUCCAAAUGGCCUCCUGCUGGAACAGCCAGCAAUGAGGCUGCGUGAACCAAGCCUUACAACCCAAAAUGAAUAUAAUGAGAGCAGUGAGUCUGAAGUUUCCCCUACACCCUUCAAGAAUGAGCAGACAUCCAGCAGGAAUGCUUUGACCAGCAUCACAAAUGUCGAGCCCAAAACUGAGCCAGCCUGCGUCUCUCCUGUUCAGACAUCUACGCCUGUCAAUGAUUUAUCCAAAACAGAGCACACAAAAAGCUCGUUCCGCAUUCACAGAAUGAGGAGAAUGGGAUCUGCCUCAAGGAAGGGAAGAGUGUUUUGCAAUGCAUGUGGUAAAACUUUCUAUGACAAAGGUACUCUCAAAAUCCACUACAAUGCCGUUCACCUGAAAAUCAAGCACCGGUGCACUAUUGAAGGCUGCAACAUGGUCUUCAGCUCUCUCAGAAGUCGCAAUCGUCACAGUGCAAACCCCAACCCUCGCCUCCACAUGCCCAUGUUAAGGAAUAACCGAGACAAAGAUCUAAUUCGCGCUACAUCCGGUGCUGCCACUCCUGUCAUAGCAAGUACAAAAUCCAGUCUAACUUUAACAAGCCCUGGGCGUCCACCGAUGGGAUUUACCACUCCCCCUCUGGACCCUGUACUACAGAACCCUCUUCCUAGUCAACUGGUGUUUCCAGCUUUAAAGACUGUCCAACCUGUUCCUCCUUUUUACAGAAAUUUACUUACUCCUGGGGAGAUGGUGAGUCCUCCGACAUCCCUCCCCACCAGUCCCAUAAUACCAGCAGUGAGCAGCAUGGAGCAGCAUCCCCCUCCUCCUUCGGAGUCAUCUGUACCUUCAGUGCUGAUGCCCAACCCGGAGCCUAAUGCUGACCUUGCCCCCAAGAAGAAGCCAAGGAAGUCGAGCAUGCCAGUUAAAAUAGAAAAGGAAGUUAUUGAUACCGCUGAUGAGUUUGAUGAUGAAGAUGAGGAGGUGAAUGAUAGCAGCACAAUGGUGAAUGAUAUUGGUCAUGACAAUCACUGCCAUUCUCAGGAGGAAAUGAGCCCAGGCCUGUCAGUGAAAGACUUUUCCAAAAGUGACAGAAGCAGAUGCAUUUCCAGACCAGAGAUAAGAAGGGCAGACAGCAUGACUUCAGAAGACCAGGAGCAUGAGAGAGACUAUGAAAAUGAGUCGGAGUCCUCAGAGCCCAAAUUGUGUGAGGAGUCCAUGGAAGGUGAUGAUCGCCUGCACGAACCUGGUGAGAAAUCCAUGAUGCAUGGUGACAGGCCAGAUGAAAACCACAAUGACUCUUCUAACCAGGAUGUCAUUAAGGUGAAGGAAGAGUAUACAGACCCUACGUACGAUAUGUUUUACAUGAGCCAGUAUGGACUGUACAAUGGAGGCAGUGCCAGUAUGGCUGCCCUUCAUGAAAGUUUCGCUUCCACAUUCAACUACAGCAGCCCUCAGAAGUUCUCCCCAGAAGGCGAGCUCUGCUCAAGCCCAGACCCCAAGAUCUGCUACGUGUGCAAGAAGAGUUUCAAGAGUUCCUACAGUGUGAAGCUUCACUACAGAAACGUUCAUUUAAAAGAGAUGCAUGUCUGUACAGUGGCUGGCUGUAAUGCUGCCUUCCCAUCACGGAGAAGCAGAGACAGACACAGUGCUAACAUAAACCUGCACCGUAAACUGUUGACCAAAGAACUGGAUGACAUGGGCCUGGACUCCUCACAGCCUUCUCUUAGCAAAGACCUCCGUGACGAAUUUUUGGUGAAGAUCUACGGCGCUCAGCAUCAGAUGGGGCUCGACAUCCGGGAAGACACCUCCUCGCCUGCUGGUACCGAGGAUUCCCACAUGAAUGGGUACGGCAGGGGCAUGUCGGAGGACUACAUGGUCCUGGACCUGAGCACCACCUCCAGCAUCCAGUCCAGCAGCAGUAUCCAUUCCUCCAGAGAAUCUGAUGCAGGCAGCGAUGAGGGCAUUCUCCUGGACGACGUCGAUGGGGCAAGUGACAGCGGGGAAUCUGCCCACAAAGCAGAUGCCCCUGCCUUAGCUGUAGGUAUGGGCGCCGAUGUCCCCGGAUCCCUCAUGUUCAACAGUGUUUCGGUGAGCAACGGUGGGAUAAUGUGUAACAUUUGCCACAAAAUGUACAGCAACAAGGGGACCCUCAGAGUGCACUAUAAAACAGUGCACUUACGAGAAAUGCACAAAUGCAAAGUCCCCGGGUGCAACAUGAUGUUCUCCUCUGUCCGCAGCCGAAACCGGCACAGUCAGAACCCUAACUUGCAUAAAAACAUUCCCUUCACUUCCGUAGAUUAGUUAAGGAUGGACACGGCAUAAUGCCAGCUCUCACAGAGGGCCUACCACAUUUGAACUGCCAUAUACAGUCUCUCUUGAUAUAUAUAUAUAUAUAUAUAAAUAUACAUAUAUAUAUAAUCUUUUUUUUUCUUUUUUAACAAAAGAAAGAAACACCAGGUGCUUUUUUUCCCUUUGUUGGUUGUUGGAUUUUUUUUUUGUUUUCUGGGGAUAAAAACAAAAAAGUGGGAUCUUAAAUCUGGGGUGAAAUACCCUUCAUGAAAAAAAGCAAGCAAAAACAAAAACCAGACCCACAGAAAACUUGCAAUUGUCCCUAGUUCUGUUAUAAAGUUCUUGGUCAUCUCCAAAGAGACAAUUUGUCCUACCCAUGACUAUUGCCUGAAAAAAAAAAAAAAAAAAAAAAAAAAGCAACAAAAAAAGCAAAGAAACAAAAAGAAAAAAAAUUAUCUACUUAGUUGUCUUUGUGUCUUUAAAGAUUGGGGAUAACCUAAGAUUGGGGAUAAUGUUCUACUAAGAUGGGGAUAACGUUCUACUAAGAUGGGGAUAACGUUCUACUAAGAUGGGGAUAAUGUUCUACUAAGCAUGGCUGUUACACUUGUAUAUAUAUAUUGAGCCUUGACGGGCCUAUGAUGUAAAACAAUUGUAUUGAUUGUGGUUUAACUCUUAUUUUUUUGCUUAAUUUUUACAGUUACAUUCAGCUGUUAGGUAAGCAGGAAAAAUAGUUCGCUGGCUAGUUCUACUCAUUUAUGUUAGCUUUAAUGCACAUUUUUAAAAGAACCACGGUCUUGUUUUAACUACCUGCUAGAUAUAAGUAAUACAGAGGUGCUGGCAUGCUUUACAGUACCUAGUCUGAUACAGUUUUUUUGUCUUGUACUAUUACAUAAAUCCAGUCAUGCACUUUUUCGUACACUACAAGGGGAUGUGUAAUAAUAUCCAUGCUUUUUUUUCCUUAAACUAUUGCCAUAUUUUCAGUAAGUGUCUUUAAAAAAAUACACUUAGAUAAAAGUGGUCUGGUCAGUAUGAGGGCAUGAAUGCCAAACAAAGAGUAUUAGUGUUUAGUGUUAAUACAAAAGUGCCAACUUUGCACACGUUUUGAAAAAAGAAAAUGUACUUACUUAUUCACCAUAACCACAGUUGGAGUUUUUGGACUAUGGAAAAAAACACCGGGGGUGGGAGAAGGGGUAAAGUGAAAUACAGAAUUCUUGGUGCUUUUCUCAAGUGCCAAUUAUUAUUAGAAACAAUAGUGCAUCCUUAUUCCUUAUAUGCUACAUUACAUAGAAGAAAAAGACAGAAUUGUGUCAUCUGAAUCAGUGGAAACUUUUCUUUGGUUGAACAUGGGUAAUAUUUGGGGAUAGAGAUGCCGAUACUACUUGUCACAGAACAAAGAUGGAUAUAAUUUUGCGUGCUCCUUACUAUGGCCUGGAAAGAUGGAUAUAAUUUUGCGUGCUCCUUACUAUGGCCUGGAUUUUUGCGGUGUUUAAAAAAAAGGAACAGGGAAAUAAUGUUAAUAACUCUGUUGUUCUGUAAAGUUGUCUUAUUUGCAAUGGAAAGUGCUGUAGUAUGAUUAAGGCACGUUUUAUAGAAGCAAUCAAAAAAAAAUUAAUGGCAGAAGCACUUAGAAGCUCUGAAAACAUAUGCUGGACUUUUUAUUGGGUAACUUUCCCUUUGGUUAAAUUAGAGGCCAGAAUAAGGAUCUCUAGUUUUAUUAAUGUUUUGUGUUUCACCCACAUGGUUUGUCAGAAAAGAACGAAAGUUUGAGAGAGAGAGAGAGAGAGAGAACGAGUAUGAGCGGGAGAGGGAGAGGGAGAAGGAGCAAGCAAUUGAGAAAGAGAGAAAGAGAGGCUGUCUGAAUCUUUUUUGUUUCCGGUGUUUACACAUGUUGCUUGAGCUGGUAAACCACACUGGCAGCCUAAGUUACCACAACAUACUGACUGAAUGAUGAUAUUUACUUAAGUUCAGCCUACAGCCAAAACCAUUAGGGUGUGUGUUGUAGACUUUUUUUCCGUAAAAAAAAAAAAAAAGAAAGAAAGAAAAAAGAAAAAAAAAGGGAUAUUUCAGCAUACAAUACAAUACUCGUUCAGUGAGAAUGUGUUCCUUUUCUGUAUGUACUGACCCAGAACAUUUUUUUUUAGUCAAGAGUCAGAAAUGCUCCUUUGUUUCAGCUUCUCAUUGUUUUAUUUGUUGUGCAUUUUGAUCAUUUUUACCUUUAUGUUCACUUGAGUAGUUAUUCCUGUUACAUUUUCUAGAGGAAGCUGUUUAUAUAGAUUUCCUCUUUUUUGGAUUUAUUAUGCAUUUCAGUAUUUUUUUCUCCAAAAUUAGGAAUCAAUAGCUAAUAAACCAGUAUUUCCAGUUGUAGAAAAUAAGAGAAAAAAAAAUCUUAAGAAAUUCUCACUAUGCUCCCAUAGGGUACAAGCUUCUGAUCACUUUUUUGACUUUUGACACUGAUGAAGUCGUUUGUUGAUCCUACAGAAACUACAAGGAAAACUUACCUCCUGGUUCAAUAGAAAGAAAGUUUAUAGCAAAAAGCUAAGCAGUUUCGCUGUAUUUUUUUCUUUCAUCUUUUUUAUUUUUCCUCAAAGUCUCAACUAGUUUGCCUUGUUAAAUUGAGUGGAGAGAUCUGCUUUGCUUUGUUUUAUGCUGUGCGUUUGUGAGAGAGGGAAAUUAGAACAGUAAAGGUGCAUUCUUCUAAAACACAUGGACCUUUGUAGUGUGAUCUGUACGGCACUCCUGUCCCCCUCCCAAGCUAUUAGGAACCAAGCAAGAUGGAAAGUAUAAAAAACAAAACAACAGUAACUGAAUGAUACCUACAGAAAAAAACACUGUUUUGAAGUAUGUAUGGUAUAAAUAAAUAUCUUUUUUAAUGAAAAACACAUUUGAGGUAUAUAAAUAAUUCUUCACUGAAUGAAUCACUGUUCUGCAUUCUCAUUUUACUCUGUUUCAGUUAAAGGUCAAAUGGUUUUGGUAAACUUGUUUGGAAACUUAAACAUCAUCAGCAGAUAAAUUCAGCAGAUGAAUUACAUAGAAAAAAAUCUGUUUAUUACACAAAAUGAAACAGGACAUUAUAAAAAGUAAAGGAGCAGGGACAAACCUCAAAAAAACUGUUAGAAGCUCUGCAGUCCUACUUUUAUGGAAUCCUGAGCUUCAUUCAGAUUGUGCUUAAGCCCUGUAGGAAAUACCCUAAAAAGCAAGAAAAGUUUAUCGUGGACAGAUUAUUGCUCAUUCCUAUUUGUAGGCAAAUCACCUGGUGUCUUCAGUGCUCGUGAUAUUAAUGUCAGAAUAUUCUGGUUUUAGGAUUACGCAUAAAGUUUCAUCGAAUUGAAUGGUGUCUCCCACCUUCAUACUUACCAUACUUCUCUCUGAGAGUCUGUAUUUAUCAGAAUUGUUUCUGUGAUGGGAUUUGUAUCACUUGAAAGUUUCUGAAAAAUCUCAAAAGAGUGUUAUAUUGAAGAAGUUUGGCUUUAAUGACAAAAAGUAACACAAUAGCCAGCAUCUCUCAGUGAUCCCAGCAGUGACCAGAAUGCAGUAAGCAGAAAGACUAAGUCUUUCAUCUGUGCAGUGCAGGGCACGGCUGCAAGGUUGUGGUGACAAGAGAAAUGUUCUGCAAUUGCUUGUGCUGUCAUAAUCCUAUGGCUAGCCCUCCGUUUCCAAGCCUGCCAAUCUAUACCCUUUUACAAGAGUUAGACUGACUUGGGGGGAGAGAAGAGGAGGCAUGCAGAGACUCUUCAUUUCUCAUGGUGUUUGCUUCUCUGGAUUUGGUUCCUAUAGGUGUAGUGGACAGACUCUCUAGGUCCUUUUACCAUUUUGUUCAUUCAGAAUAGAUGCAUUUUUCUGUAGAUAUCAAACAGGCUUUGUCCACAUUGCAUCGUGCAUCUGCUUUAGAAACAGAAUUACUUGGCUGGAGGUUGGUUGGCUUUUUUCUUUGUUUUGGAGAUUUUCUUUUUUUCAGGAAAGUGUGUGAUGUCAAUUAAACACUAGGUUUCUUUUGAAAACCUGUACUUAACAAUUUGGAAGGAAAACAGCAAAAUCAAAGCACGAGUGUGGGAACCAUGAACUGAGCUUUAAUAUCACUGGUGGCCCCUUCUCACUGCUUAGUCUUGGACAGAUCACAUCACCUAUUCAUGUUCUGCAUCUGUUAAAAAAUGGCUGUGAUCAUACCCCAUAAGGGUGCUGCUGUGAGGACUAAUUAGGUGGUCUUUGUAAAGAGCUUAUUUAAGGCAUAAGUAUUCCUGCAUACCUUAUGAUAUUUAGUCCAUUUUUAGCUCAACCAGAUAGAUAUUGUACUGGCUGAAAUGUUAACUUUGUCUCUAGCUGCACCUUCACAGAAGAGUUUCAUAAUGCAAAAGUCAUCCAGCCCUUAAACUGUAACUGGCACCACAGUGACACUGUAGUAUUGCACACAAAGUAUAAGCAUUCAGUCACUGAGUCACAACUGAAUUUGAUAAAAUGUGGAAGGUUCAGAUUAAAAAGCCUAUUAACACUCACACUUUUCUCUCAAUGGCUUUUCAUGACUCAGCUCAUAAAAUGUCCGUUUCCCAGGGAUCUGUGGAUAUGUUACACAGCAAAAAUUGUGUACCGCGUUUGCUGUGAGUAAACUUCGGUGCAUUUUCUUUCCCUUCCUCCCUCUCUCCGUCCCUUUUUCUGUUUUUCUUCCUUCCUUCCUUCUUUCUUUCUUUCUUUUUCUGUCUCUUUCUGUCUUUCUCUCCCUCCUUCCCUCUUUCUCUCUCUCUUUCAAAUGAAAGUAUACCUUCUCUGCCUAUUCCGGAAGUUCAUAAGCUUUCCUUCAAUUAUGCCCUUCCCAUUCCAUCCCCCAAAAAGGAGCUGUUUAGGAAAAAGAGUCAAGUCAGGUUCUAAAUAGUAAAAUAGCUGCCUGGGGAGGUCAGCAUCUCCACUGAUGGGAUCCGGUACCGCUCGCAGGAAGAGGGGCUGCAGGAUUCUGCCUGAGUUUUUCCUGAGUUUUAGUCUUCUCACUUAAUUAACACAGUUAAGGAUCUAGCAUAGCUAAUUAUAUGGGCUAGGAAUGUGCCGAAGCAACAAGACAAAGAGCUGUGUGAGUGUCUGUAACAGGGAAAUGUCAGAAACAUAAUGAAUCAGGGUUUGAUCUGUUCCAAAGAUAGGAACCAUUUACAGGACCAGAGAUUUAGUUCCAAAAGUUUCUCCUUCAAUAAGCUUGGUAUUUUGUAAUCGAAGUACUUGUAUUGGACCCAUUUUUCACAAGAUCAUUUGGGAUGUCAGCUAACACGAGGAUACAGAACAUCUUUUCAGAAGUACAUUUGUACUCAAAUUCUGCAGGACGCUUUCAAGGCAUUAUUGGAAGAAAGGAGGGAAAGUGUUUGAUCUAGAAGCACACACAUGCUCCUCUAAAUUUUAAGUGCUAGUUACAUGAAUGGAAAUGUUACUCCUUCUUCUCUCCCAAGAAUGUUCUUGUCACUUUUCUCUUUGCAUUGUAUUAAUAGAAUUACUCUCUAUUAUUUAAAAAAAAAAAAAAAAAAAAAAAGAAGAAGAAGAAGAAGAAGGAAAGGUGUCUGUAGUAAGGGCGAGGUGGCAGCUGAAUUCCCUGUGGGGAAAAGGUGAGUGGCAGACACAUGAUGGCAGCUGGUACAUGUCAGUUCCUUUUUAUUUUUUUUCCUUAUGUCACUACUUUGCUGCUAUAGUAACUCAACAAAACAGUGACUCUAGUGCUACUUUGCUAGAUAAGCAUCAGCAUAUCCUGCUGUUGCCACAUGAUGAGCUGGGCUUUUUUUCCCCUCUCAUAGGGACAUAAAAGGAACUCUUUUCCAUACCCAUUUUUUCUUUAUGAACAGAGCAGCAUCAUAUGAUGGCCUAAACCUUUCACCUACAUGUUUGCCCAAGUACAUGUCUGUUCCAGUCCCAUGGUUUCUGUCUCUUCUUGCCAAACAGCAUUAUCACUGCCUUUAAAAUGGCCCAUAACAGAGUGAAGCAGCAACUUUUUUAUAUGAGUAAUGUUAUCCUGAGUCUGUAGUUAACUAGCCUUGAUGUGGCUUGUUUUCCCCGGUCAAGCCAUGGUCUUGAAUGAUAGCUUUGAUUUUCUAAUCAAGAUAUUUGUCAAAUAUAUCCCAAUACUGAUGCUGUUGUGUUUGGCAUUAGCACUGAAAGAAAAACACAUUUCUUGUCCACCGAGGAGUUAAAAAAGGACAAAUUUUUGACCAGUCCUCUGACUUUAACCAGUAUUAUUGUUCAUUAUGAUGACACUGUAUUUUUUUAAGUAGCAGCUGUAGUUGUCAUAAAACUGUUUUCCCAUUCCUCUCCUUUAAAGUGUGGUGUUGUAAAUUCAUGUGACCUUUACUGCAAAGAAUAAAUAUUUCUUUUUUUAUAUAUAUAAGAUCUCAAGACAAGGCUUGGUUUGUAACAAAUAGUGGCCCAUUACAAAGCAGGAAAAGGAAAAAAAACCCUGAGCUGAGCAGCAAGAAGCUUCAGUUCAAUUUCACCUCAUAUCUUUCUAAUAACUUACUUGUCACUUUAUUACCUUCCAGUAAUGUGAACGCUGCUGACAAGACUGUCACACUAACAGCAGACAACACCCUCUCUUCCUUAGCCCCAGCUCUCCUGGCUACUUAUUGCACUGGCCCUGAAGGGACACAAACUAAUAGUGUGCUUUCAAGUUCAGCACUUGGCCAUCAAAUAUAAAAGGAUGCGUAAUUGCCUGUUUAUCCCCUGUGAAGGGGAAAUUGAGUAUAAGAACCAGGCUUUCCCUCCCCGUUCCUUGGCACACGCACACACGCACACACACAUCUGCAGUGAGUGAAGGGAAGUCCCAUCUGGAGCGCUUCGAUUUGUCUUUGGGAAGCCCAAGGCUGCCACUGGCUGCUCUAUCGAGCUAUCAGGCAGACAGUAACAAGAUGGCUUCUUAACAAAAGGUCAGCUGAGAAAUGCUGUCUGCGACGGCGCUUUUGUCUGCUUAUGUAGCAACUAAUUGCUUCGUAUUGGCAUAAGCCAUACUGUGCCUGCUAGAAAUAGUCGUGCGCAUUUGCUGCCGGUCUCGCUGUGUAAGUGAGAGAGCAAGGAUGCGGCCUUCCCCUUCUCCUGGUCCAGCCCACCCUACGGCAAAUUUAAGAGCGCCACCGUCCUCGCGGGUUGCUGCGGGGAAUGCCAGUUCCAGGCAUCCUGCCUGCCUGCCUCGACGGGCGCAUCCCAUGCUGACCGAGGUCAGCGUGAGCCUCUGCAAAGCGUUAGGGAAAUGCAUUUGAGGUGCGAUCUGCAACCCCCAUAGGAGAAGGAAUUCUCUGUCUUCUGAUUUAUUUCUUAAUUAACGAGAGCACCGCCAAAAGUGCAGGCUCCAGAAGUGCUUCUCGAGUGAGGCAGUGAGGAAAGGCAGAGUUGGAAAGGCGCAGUGGCUCGGGAGAGGGUUCGGAGCUGCUCUGAGUGCAUGACGGCCAACAUACCUGCCUGCAACCCCUCCCCUCUCCUUUGUAGCACGUUUUGUAAUCAGAGCUGUCCGACUGACCGCUGAGUAGUUGUUGAAAAUUCAGGUAGCCGGAGAAAUAGCUUAAACGUACUCUCCUUGCAGGGUCAGUAGCAUUUCCAUGCUGAGAUCGUAACAUCAGAUCUCCUCUGUGCCCCAAAGCGCUGGUCGCUGUGGGCCGAACGGUGCUGUAGGCUAGUGCAAUGCCUAAAAAGACAAAGGCAGGUUUCAGACAAAGCCCAGGAGUGGUAGACUUAAACACAGCCAUUUUGGGGUUCAUUAUUUUUAUAUCCUUGGAUUGAUUCAUGGCGUUAGUGGGCUGCAGCUCCUAUCUGCUGGUUCUGGAUGCUAAUACUGUCUCCAGUGCUCCAUGGUAAUUUGAUAUUUGCUGCAACAGAGGCGAUGGUACUCACUAUAAAUAUGCUAAGGCCUUUUACCAGUCAGACAAAGGUCAUUGAUCUUUUUCCUCCUUUUCCUUCCAAGCGCAUUAGAAGCUAUAAGGGUGAAGCCAGCAGACAAUUUCCUGCGGCCAGGCGGCAGGAGGGAAUAGGUUAUUUGCGUCAGUGUAACGUGUAAGGCUGAGCCCGGUCUGUGCUCGCCCAUCAGCCCCCCGUGGAUGCGGUGCUAUCCGAAGCGGGAGCAGACUUUGGAGCCAGUCAGGCUGGCUGACCUGUGGUGACCAGCAUGGGCGGGCCUGGCAGCCCUUCUUUCUGUAGCGUUUUUGAAGCUGUUUGCGUAAACUGAGCACUUUCCGAUCAAAGAAACCAUCUGGGUCCUUUUCUUGUGUGCGUGUGUGUGUGUGUGUGUGUGUGUGUGCGUGCACAUACGUGUAUGUGCGCGUGUGUGAGAGACAGAGACAAGGAGAGGCAGACAUAUAACAGUGUUAGAACAAAGAGCCUUACAAUUAAGGUUAUAAAUGGGCAAAAUUAUAUCAUUCUCACUUACCUAUGUAUAUAUAUGUUUCUCCUUAUGCCCUUACUAGCAUGAGAAGCUCAAGUGGGCAAAUUUCUAAUGUGUAGAGAGGUUUAUUCAGAUGUUCUUCAGAUUUCACAUGCUGUUCCCUUCAAACCUUUUGAAAAAAUAUUUUAGGGAAAUGGGGGAAAGAAACAUCCAGAGCAAUUAUAUUUCUGGAGAAGAGAGGGCGAGACUAGCUAAGUGACGCAUAAAGAUUUUAUAAGGCAUGCGUUGUCAAACAAAAGGUUGAGAACGAUCAGAGGAUAAUGCACAGUUAGGAUGGCAAACUCAUCAAUAGUUAAUCACAACCUGUCCAUUUCUGUUAUGGAAUGCAAGAGACUGUGAACGGUGGCUCUGGGGAUAUAGUGGCACUCGUGCACGCAUGUGUCUGUGUCUGAGUGGGGGCGUGUUAUGCAAUCGCUGCGUAGGGCUCAAGACUUUGACGAGCAGUCAAUGUCCCCGUUUUCCCUGCUUCUUAAAUUUUUUGCAGUGGCGGGACAGGAGGCACCCCCCCCAGCUCAGCUGUGAAACGGUACUGUAGUUGUGUGAAUCGUGAUUCUAGGGGUAUUCUUCUUAGUCUACCUGAUGACUUUUGGGGUAAAUAGGGUCACUUGAGCUGUAUAAACUAAGGCUGAUUUGUUUAUUGUUUUUCAAAUAUAUUUUUCCAUUAUUAUUUUUUUUAAUCCUUGUACAAUCUUAAGUUUUUGCUUUGAUUUUUCCCAUUUUCUCCACCUACCCCCAUCCCUUUUCCUCUCAUUCCAAGACUUCUCUCAGAAAAAUAACACAUCCUCCUGAUGUUCUCCGUUUUGGAAAUUUUUAUGCAUUCCAUCUGUGAAAAUGGUCACCGUUUGUAAAGUGACAAGAUGAAUAAAAUGGCCACUGUUGUGUGUGUGUGUCUCAUUUAGCUAUUUAUGAAUAUGAAAUCCAGCAUGCUGCUUUUUCUUGUGCAAACUUUGGUUCCUAACGUCAUAUGGGGGCUGCUUCUCCCAUAAUAUGGCUUGUUUCUUGACGGGCAGCGUUCGUGUUCUCAGUUCAUGCCUCCUGCCUCUCCUCCAGCCUUUAUAGAAGUGCUCUGUGUUCCCAUGUGGUGUGUGUGCAACAGGUGUGCAAAUAAGUUGAUCCGAACCCUGAACACGUUAAGAUUUUUUCCCUGGCUGGAGCUCCAUACACUUUUACUUACCCACAAGCUGGUCACGGCAACCUGUUGGUAGCUAUGAGUAGCUCAUUGUAGGGGCUUACGCCCAUCGCCGGAUGGAUUUGGGGUUUCUUUGCUUUACUGAGGGCUCUGGCUCGCUGGCACGGUUGUUGUUUUAACAGCGUUGGCUGGGAAGGUCGCACGGGCCGAGCAGCACGGUAGUUGCCUGCGCAGCCGGCUGUUCUGCUUCCAGUUCCUGCGAGCUGGAAAGGUCCGAGUCUACUCGGGGGCUCGUGCACGGGUUUGAGCACGUAUAAACUGGACGGGAGCCCUCACGUGUUUGGGGGCCCAUGGCACCCUGACGACCGGCUCGGUCCGAGGCACAAAAUGCCUUUGCGGCCCCGCUGUUGGCGAGCACGGGAGGGUCUCGCCGCCCGGCUGCGAGCUCCCGUUUCUGCCCGGCGCCGUGUCGGCUGCCGCGGGGGGCUGCUGCCUCCAGCGCGGCAAACUGGCCGCCGUCUCGCAGCACGUAGCUCGUUCCCGCGGGCCGUGUCGGGAAGCGUUAGCGGGGCGCGUGCCCCGGCACGGGGAAGCGUGCAGUCGGGGCCGAUGGACAUUUUCUCAAAGGCCCUUCUCCAGGCUGCGUAGAUGAGGCUUUUUAUUUUCACUGUUUGUUCUCAGUGUGAGCAAAACGUGAAUGCUCUGCUGUCCUGCCUGCAGAACCAAAGCAUGCACUAUGGAAUAUAGCUGUACCAGGGGAUUGAAAAACUGCAUCAUGUUGACCUAAUAAUCGUGACAUUGGUAGCUUCAUAAAUACUGUAUGUACUCUAAACAAGUUUUUUCCAUUAGUAGUCUGAGGGAAUUAAAAAGUCUUGUUUUUAAUUUGACAUUUCUUUUCUUGUAUUUUUCUGUACUGUAACUGUCCUACAGUAUGUCUUUUGCAUAAAAUGCAUAAGGUUUUGGGGAUAUAAAUGGAGUUUUACUCAUACUUUGUCCAAAUACCUCUUGUAAUUUGUAUCAAAAUUCUUGUACAAUUUUUAUAUUAAAGAUUUAUCAGUCACUGA